GGCGGGCGGGGGCAGGCGGGCGGGCGGCGCGGAGCGAGGGGCGCACGUACGGCCCAGCGCUGGGAUUUCUCGGCUCGCGAGGAGAGCGGAGCAGGCGCGCGGCCCAGGCGGGGGAGCGCGGACUCUGGAGCAGCCGGAGCUGGAGGAGGAGGAGGAGGAGAGGCGGCGGGGACGCAGGAGGCGGGGGAGAGUCGCUCCCGCCCGGCGAGCAUGGGGCGCCUGGCGCCGAGGCCGCUGCUGCUGGCGCUCCUGGGGCUGGCUCUUUGCCGAGGACGCGUGGUGAGAGUCCCCACAGGGAGCCUGGUGCGGGUGGUAGGCACUGAGCUGGUCAUCCCCUGCAAUGUCAGUGACUAUGACGGCCCCAGCGAGCAGAACUUUGACUGGAGCUUCUCGUCUUCGGGGAGCAGCUUCGUGGAGCUUGCCAGCACCUGGGAGGCGGGCUUUGCAGCCCAGCUGUACCGUGAACGCCUGCAGCGGGGCGAGAUCGCCCUGAGGAGGACUGCCAACGAUGCUGUGGAGCUCCACAUCAAGAACGUCCAGACCUCAGACGAGGGCCACUACAAAUGUUCGACCCCCAGCACAGACGCCACCGUGCAGGGCAACUAUGAGGACACAGUGCAGGUCAAAGUGCUGGCCGAUGCCCUGCACGUGGCCGCCGCCCCGUCGCCCGCCUCGGACCUGAGCCUGCGCCUAGGUGAGCCGUUCGAGCUGCGCUGCGCGGCCUCCACGGCGUCGCCGCUGCACACGCACCUGGCGCUGCUGUGGGAGCUGCAGCGUGGCGCGGCCCGGCGGAGCGUGCUGGCCCUGACCCACGAGGGCCGCUUCCACCCGGGGCCCGGCUACGAGCAGCGCUACCGCGCCGGCGACGUGCGUCUGGACACCGUGGGCAGCGACGGCUACCGCUUGUCGGUGGCCCGCGCCCUGGCCUCGGACCAGGGCUCCUACCGGUGCGUGGUCAGCGAGUGGAUCGGAGAGCAGGGCAGCUGGCAAGAGAUUCAAGAGAAAGCCGUGGAAGUGGCCACUGUGCUGAUCCAGCCCACAGUUCUGCGAGCGGCCGUGGCCAGGAGUGUGUCUGUGGCCGAGGGAAAGGAACUGGAUCUGACCUGCAACAUCACAACAGACCGAGCAGAUGAUGUCCGACCCGAGGUCACGUGGUACUUCAGCAGGUCCCCCGACAGCAUCUUGCCCGGCUCGCCCGUGUUGGCACGGCUGGACCGGGAUUCCCUGGUGCACAGCUCUCCCCACAUUGCUUUGAGCCAUGCGGAUGCACGCUCCUACCAUUUACUGGUCCGAGAUGUUAGCAAAGAAAACUCCGGCUACUAUUUCUGCCACGUGGCACUCUGGGCACCCGGACACAACAGGAGCUGGCACAAGGUGGCAGAGGCCAGGUCUGCCCCGGCCAGCGUGGAUGUGACCUGGCUAGAACCAGACUACCAAGUGUACCUGAAUGCUUCGAAAGCCCCUGAGUUUUCAGACGACCUCACGGAGCUGGAGUGCCGGAUAGUGGACGUGAAGAGCUCGGAGGCCAGCGUCCGCUUCACCGUGUCCUGGUACUACAGGGUGAACCGGCGCAGCGACGACGUGGUGGCCAGCGAGCUCCUGGCGGUCAUGAACGGGGACUGGACACUCAAGUAUGGGGACCGGAGCAAGCAGCGUGCCCAGGACGGAGACUUCAUUUUUUCUAAGGAGCACACGGACACGUUCAGUUUCCGAAUCCAAAGGACUACAGAGGAAGACAGAGGCAAUUAUUACUGUGUUGUGUCUGCGUGGACCAGACAGCGUAACGACAGCUGGGUGAAGAGCAAAGAUGUCUUCUCCAAACCCGUCACCAUAUUUUGGGCAUCUGAAGAUUCUGUGCUCGUGGUGAAGGCAAGGCAGCCGAAGCCUUUCUUUGCCGCAGGAAAUACAUUUGAGAUGACUUGCAAAGUGUCUUCCAAGAAUAUUAAAUCACCACGCUACUCUGUUCUCAUCACCGCGGAGAAGCCUGUGGGGGACCUCUCCAGUCCCAAUGAAACCAAGUACAUCAUCUCCCUGGACCAGGAUUCUGUGGUGAAGCUGGAGAAUUGGACAGAUGCGUCACGGGUGGAUGGCGUCGUGUUAGAGAAAGUGCAGGAAGAUGAAUUUCGAUACCGAAUGUACCAGACUCAGGUCUCUGACGCGGGGCUGUACCGCUGCGUGGUGACAGCCUGGUCUCCUGUCAGGGGCAGCCUGUGGCGAGAAGCAGCCACCAGUCUCUCCAAUCCUAUUGAGAUUGACUUCCAAACUGCAGGGCCGGUGUUUAAUGCCUCCGUGCACUCAGACACACCGUCAGUCAUCCGGGGAGAUCUGAUCAAAUUGUUUUGUAUCAUCACUGUUGAAGGAGCGGCCCUGGAUCCAGACGACAUGGCCUUUGAUGUGUCCUGGUUUGCGGUGCACUCCUUCGGUCUGGACAAGGCUCCCGUCCUCCUGUCUGCUCUCGAUCGGAAGGGGAUCGUGACCACGGCGGAGAGAGACGGGAAGAGCGAGCUCAGCCUGGAGCGUGUGAGCGUGCUGGAAUUCUUGCUGCAAGUUCAUGGCUCUGAGGAUCAGGACUUUGGCAACUACUACUGCUCUGUGACUCCGUGGGUCAAGUCCCCAACGGGUUCCUGGCAGAAGGAGGCGGAGAUCUACUCCAAGCCCAUCUUUGUAACUGUGAAGAUGGAUGUGCUGAAUGCCUUCAAGUACCCGCUGCUGAUCGGCGUGGGCCUGUCCACCGUCAUCGGGCUCCUGUCCUGCCUCAUCGGGUACUGCAGCUCGCACUGGUGCUGCAAGAAGGAGGUCCAGGAGACGAGGCGUGAGCGCCGCCGGCUCAUGUCCAUGGAGAUGGACUAGGGCCCGGCCAGG